CUAGGCCUUACACACUGAUUGGAACUCAGGGCAGCAACGAUGUCAGGCACCUAUGAUGACUCCAUGAUCGAUGUCUCCAGUGACAGCUUCUGGGAGAUUGGUAACUACAAGCGAACAGUGAAACGGGUAGACGAUGGACACAGACUCUGUAAUGAUUUGAUGAACUGUCUCCAUGAGCGGUCACGUAUUGAAAAGUCGUACGCACAGCAACUCUCAGAAUGGGGGAAGCGCUGGCGGCAACUCAUAGAAAAAGGCCCUCAGUAUGGUACGUUGGAACGGGCCUGGUCCGCUCUGUGCACGGAGGCGGAGAAGGUUAGCGAGCUCCACAUGGAGGUGAAAGCAGCACUGAUGGGAGAAGACUACGAGAAGCUGAAAAACUGGCAGAGAGACGCCUACCACAAACAGAUGAUUGGCGGCUUCAAAGAGACUAAAGAGGCUGAGGACGGCUUCCGCAAGGCUCAGAAACCCUGGGCAAAGAAACUUAAAGAGAUGGAGACGGUGAAGAAGGCUUAUCACACUGCCUGCAAAGAAGAGAAGCUGGCAGCCAGCAGGGAGACUAACAGCAAAAUGGAGAACAACAACAACCCUGACGCCCAAAAGAAGCUCCAGGAAAAGGUUGAAAAGUGUCAGCAGGAGGUGCAGAAGACUAAAGAACGCUAUGAGAAAUCCCUCGAAGAACUCGACAAGUUGACCCCUCAGUAUAUGGAGAACAUGGAGCAGGUGUUUGAGCAGUGGCAGCAGUUUGAAGACAAACGCAUCCGCUUCUUCAAAGAGCUGCUGCUGGAGGUUAAACAGCACCUGGAUCUCUCAGCCAAUCACAGAUUCCAGACGAUCUACCAUACGCUGGAAGACACAAUCUCUGCAACUGAUGCUGAAGAGGACCUGAAGUGGUUCCGGUCCAAUCAAGGCCCUGGCAUGCCAAUGAACUGGCCCCAAUUUGAGGACUGGUCCGUAGACCUGAACCGAACCCUCAGCAGACGAGAAAAGAAGAAGCCAUCCGAGGGUGUAACACUGACAGGCAUCAGUCAAACUGGGUCAGACCAGCCUGUUCAGCCUGCCAAGACCAGCAUCAGCCUGACUGUACCUACUAAAACAGCACCAGUGGGCUCAAACCCCUUUGAAGAUGAAGAAGAGGAGGAGGAGGCAGAGGAGGAGGAGGAGAAGAUGGUCGUGGAGCAGCAGCCCACAGUCAACCACAUCAGUGUGAAUAAAGAGGAAAAAAAAAUUGCGAGCAGUGUGGAGAAGACUCCAGACUGGUCAGAUGAAGACACAGGCGGUAACCCUUUCUCCGCCAAUGGAGAUGGGAAUCCAUUCGAAGAUGAGCCAGGUUCUCCAGUCGUAUCUGUACCUGUUAAAGCCCUGUAUGACUACGAAGGACAGGAGCAAGAUGAGCUAAGCUUCAAAGCAGGGGAGGAGUUCACCAAAAUUGGCGAAGAAGAUGAUCAGGGUUGGUGCAAAGGCCGGCUCAAGAAUGGACAAACAGGCCUCUAUCCUGCUAACUAUGUGGAAGACAUCCAGUAAUGAAUUAUGACAGUUGAAUAAAUGUGAAGAAAGUGAAAUGUUUUGUGAAAUGACUGUACAGCUGGAAGCGAGAGGCCUCUGCCUUAUUUUCAACCCUUUUCUCCUUGUUGGUGAAGACUGCACUGGUGUGUGAGAAGGACAGAGAAGAGAAGUUGCAGAUUAUGAAAGGACUACUUGAGAUAGUUUUGCUUGCCACAGAUCGGCCCUCAUAGAAAGUACAAAGAUGGAAAUUAACCACGACUUUCCAGGUGAUUCCAGGAGAGGAAGAUCACAGAGAACAAUUGCUGUCAGUGGAAGAUAUGUUAUGUUACUUAGAAUCCCAUUUAUGCUGUUACAAAAAUAAUAGCUUUUCAAGUAUAUAUUAGAUAAGAUUAAAUGAGAUGUAUGUGUGAAUUUGUAUUCUGUUUAAACAAAACACUGGGAUGGCAAAUCGUCUAGUGACGUUACAUGCAGCCUUAAAAUACAAGCCACUAUGGAUUCAUUAAGGGAGAUGACCCUCAAAAUAACCAUAAUGAUCUGUUUUAGGUUUGAAACCAUUUCUGCCUGUUAGAAUCCAGUCCAUAAAUGUUAAAUGUUUGAUUUUAUUUGGACAAGACCAGCUUUUUGUCAGAUUUUACUUGAUUUUAAACUAGUGCUUAUAUUGUUCUGUCAUUUCUUUCAGGGUUUUGUUUUUUUCCAUUCAGUUCCUUAACUGUUCUGGUUAUUUUAUAAGGAAUGAUAAAGAUCAGUAGAGCCUUAUCCUGACAUACUCUUCAUUUAGUUCACAGUGGGUAGGUCCCUCUAGUCACUGCUGUUGAAUGUAUAUUCACUGAUUGUAUUUUCUCACUUAUUGAUUGUACACUUUUGCUGAUGUUGAUGAGGUAUUUGCAGCCACUGAUCCAUUAACCCCCUGAACAACUGUCCUCAAGCUUUUCACACACAUCUCUCUACUUUCUGAUUGGAGAUUGUGAUACUAUGAGAUAUUUUUCACACAACACUGAACAUUUUUCACAAAAGUUUAUCUCACUUGAAUCUCCAUGUUUUAAUUCUCGGUUCUUGUUAAAUGUAAAGCUAUGGGAGAAUAUUUUAGUGUGUUUCAGGGUUUUUUGUUUGUUUUUAAAAAAAUAUAUAUUACAAGUUAUAGCAAUAAAACCACAGCCAACUAUGGCCUUGCAUACAUGCAUGUAUAUAGCCUGGAUGAAACAUAUUAGAACAAAUUAAGCAUCGAGAUCAGAUGGUAUGUAGUUGGAAAUUGAUGAUUUUUAAUUUAUGACGCCAGAAGUGCUUUUGUUCUGCUCUUGUUAGAAUGCUGUGACUGAGAAUCAGUUUGUAUAGUAAUUGAAUAUUUUAUGGCAAAUAUCCCUCAAAUCUGUUAUUUUAUAUUUGUAAAUAUGAUUAUUUUUUCCCUUCACAGAGGGCCAUGCUCACUGAAUUAAGCAACAAAGACCAUUACAUUCAGUUAUGACAUGAAUGGACAUACCUGAUUCCAUGAGCUUAACACGUGUUUGUCAUCAAGUAUUUUGUCGGCUUGCAUUUUUGCAGAAAUUUACUGCUGGUAUUUCUCUUGUGCAGGCUCCAAAUUCAUUGCCUGGUGAAAUCGAUGAAAUCAUUGAAAAAAAUAAUUUGAAAAAGCUAUUUGAUGCCUUUAAUUGCUGCACAAGAGUAAGAUGAAUUUUUGUUGUCUUUGAAAAUUAGAUAAAGUAGAUGUCUUGCCAUGUUUUCACGGCACACUGUCAUCAAAGCACAGCAAGGUAUGUAAAAAUGUCCCACAACAUAAUAAAUAAAUUUAUUGGGAAAAAUA